AUGGAAGGCAAUCGGACGCUACUCGAAGACGUCGCAGAAACGCCGUCAACUUCUAACUUUUUCAUCGAGACUGUCGAAGAUCCGUUUCCUCGGCCUGCCGACCCCUUUGCUCCCAAUGUCCUGUUCGAAUCCGAAAACUCGACCUCCUUUUUCAACGUCACCGCUCUCAAAGACUUUAUUGACUACGUAGGUAUGUAUAAAAUCUCCCUAUUUUCGUACGCCAUUGAAGUUUCAGAAGAGAACCGGUGGCCGAUCUACGUUUUAGUGAUUAUCGGCACAUUGAUUGUUGUCAGCAUCGUGCUCUGUAUUCUUCAAUGGAUAUUCAAGAACAAAAAGUGAGUUUUGGACAGUGGACCAAGGACAACGGUUUUUAAGACGCGUUAUCCGACAAGAAGAAGAUCCAGUUCUUAGCAGCACCUAUAACCAAGAAGUGCCAUGGCGCAGGUUCGUUUUCUUGAGCCGGCAUUUUCGGAAAUUCCUUUCAGAAUUUGCUGUAACUGCUGCAAGUCAGAAAGCCGGAAAGGAGAAGAGCAACUACGGGCUCGGCAGAACUCGGCCAGCAACCUCGAUCCUUACCGCAGACAGCCGCUGCCGCCCAUUGGUGCUCGUCCAGGUCUGCGAAUCGUCCAAAAUGACAAGAUUUCGUUCUGACUAACAUUAUGAACGAGAAAGUUCAUUCGAAAAAGAUGAUGAAAAGAAAAAUCAGUCGAAAACUCUUUCAAAAUCGGAAUUGACACUGCAAAACGUGUUGUACAAAAACAAUAAACCUGAUGCGUUCGACUUUCUUUUUGUGAUGAAACGAGUCUAGUGACGUCGCAAUUCCUGCAGAACUUCCAGUGGUGUCGAAACUAAAUGAGCACAGACGAGCUUCGCCUAAUCGCUACUUUGAACGGUGUCAUUAACAAGAUGCUCUCCUCCUGUUUUUGUCGAGUUUUUCCUUGGUUAUGGUAGUUUUGGCCGGCUCUGGAGACAAAAUAGAGAAAAUGAAUUGAAAACUUCGAAACUUGACUUUCAAAAUCAAAUGUUUUACUUUGAGGAAUAUCCGCUUUCUCCCAAUCUCCACUCGACGACAGCGCAAUUCAUAUCGAUGGUGAUAUUUUCUUCUUUCUCUCAAAAACUCGUGAAAGUUUUUAUCGAAUUUCUGAAUUUAAAUAAAAAAUCAUUUCAUAUGCUGAAAAUCAAAGAGGUUGGGGCUACGAAUUUCUUGCAGGAAUACGAGGAGUGCCUUCGGCUGUCCUCCGUCCGGAGCACUACAGAAAACUUCCACCGCUCAACUUGCAAAACUGA